GCCAUGAUAUCUUUUCCUUGCAUUCUAUCAACAUUCUAAGUCAGAUAUUGGAAUACUUACAUUUUCAACUUCUCCAAACCCCGCUUUGUGAGUUUUUUUCCCAUCAAAAUCUCGCACAGGAUUACAUGAUAAUAUUCAGAUUUGUUCGGUUGACGCUGCAUAUCUUACAACAUAUCUACAAUCAAGACAAAUAGAGUAACCAUUAAUCAGAGACGGAGGUCAGAAGCGAAGAGGACUUAAGUUAUUAGAUCGAACAUGUAUAUGACGGCUCUAUGGAUCGCUUUCAUUUUUGCUCAGUCGAGCAGAUUGCUCGUCGAGGGUAUUAGAUCGCACUAUGUCGAUUCAACGCAAAUCGCGGAGAUCAACGAAAUGGGCGAUAACCCUGCGGAUAAUAGAGAACCGACGUGCAAAGAAUUACGCACGAUGUGGAGGUAUACCAAACGCCAAAGUAGAGCCAUCCAAAUUAUGCAUAAACUUCCAUUCGCACAAGACUUCUUCGCGUAUAAUCCGUGGAAGAAUUAUCAGCCUCCUCCUCAACCCCCUCUUGACUAUCGAGAUUAUACCGAUCGACCUCGUACUCGUGCUGCUGGUAGUUCACCACCUAUUUAUGGAAGAAUAGUUCAUAAAGCACCACCAGGAAGUAGACUGCGAAGCAGCCAACAAAUGCCACACCAACCUAAGGCCUUUGAAGAUGUUGCAUAUUUAUAUGGGACAAUAAAUUUUCAUCCACCCUCUUCCCGACGUCGACAAUCGAGUUUUCGUAUUGGUGGUGGUGCCUCCCCGCCUAUAUCUCAAGUUCCGCAAGCUGGUAAAUUUCAACAUUUACGAGACCUAAUUCGUGGGGAGAGAGCUCGUGAAUUGAAGAAACAACAUGAAUCUGAUAGAAUCGCAGCUGCGAAAGCGGCGACAAUCAAGGAUUAUUCUAACGUCGAUCAAGAUGAUUAUCAAAAUGUACCACGGCCACGGAAAUACUUUGGAAACUCAUUAGAUGGAUAUCAGCAAUUUAGAAAUCCAAAGGCUGAUAUCAACCGGGCUUGGUCGCGUGGCGAUCAUUAUUUGCCAGAAUAUAUGCUGCGUUAAUGAAGCAUUUUCAAGAUCAAGGAAAUAGCCGACGAAAAAACUGCCGUACGUUUCAAUAUCAUCACUCGUACUAUUCUUGGCAGUAUUAUAGCCCAAUUGUUUGAUUUUAUCAAAGUUGGAUGAAUUCCAAGAUCUUAAAAAAUAUUUUCGAAAUCACGAUGAAAGUGUAUAUGUAUAUGUGUAUGUGUGUAUGUGUAUGUAUGCAUGCUUGCAUGUAUGUGUGUAUAUUAUAUAUAACACUCUCCAAAUAUUUCAGUUCCUAAUCUAUGCAUAUACACACACGUAUAUAUGCACGCACGCACGCGCACGCGCACACGUACACAUUCACACUCACACGUACACAAAUGCGUGCAGUACACAAACACAUACACAUACAUAUACACGAAUACGUUUGACGAAUUUAUUAAGAUAAAUAGCAAGAAACUUGAAAAAUUAAAUUUAUCAUCUUUUACUUUUACAUGAAUUCAUCCUGAAUGUAUAUAUAUAUAUAUAUAUACAUAAUUCAUUAUUAUUAUACAUAUAAAAUCAUUCAGGAUGAUUUUAUGUAUAUUACAUAUUCCUGACAAUAUACUUGUACAUUUAAUUGAUUGUAAAACAGUCGAAUGAGCAAAGGAUUUACCUGCAUUCGAGAACAUACAUAUUUAUAUUUAUAUAUAUAUAUAUAUAUAUAUAUAUAUAUAUAUAUAUAUAUAUAUAUAUAUAUAUCAACACACCGUGUAAAUGGUAAAAACUAAUCAAAGUGUGAUAUCCUUAAAUAGGACAUCUAUUACACAAAUCAAUAACAGUAUGCCGAAUAUAUCAAGCUCUCAUUAUCCGAUAGAAAUAUAAUAACUGUCUUUUCUUGCAUUGUCUAUUAAGAAGAUAUCAUAAUGUAUUCGUAAUUCUUACGUUUCUCAUCUUUCUAUUUAUUGAAAACAAUAAAUUAUUAUUCGAUUCUUACUAAAAUGUUCAAAAAAAAAACAAAAAAAAAACCAAAAAUAAUAAUAAUGACAAUACAAUCCAAUUUGCAAUAUUCUUUAUACUAUUCUCGUGUAAUUCAUUUUAAGCAAAAAAAAAGAAACUAUAUAUUAAACUGACGAUUUUUUAUGAGAGCUCAAUUGUUCGAUAGAGGAACAUUAGACUCCGACAAAAUAUAAUCAAAUGAAAUAAAAAAUCCUUACUUCUUUCGCAUCUUUAAUGAUAUUUACAUAAUAUGUGGACAAUAAAAAAUAUAGUGAUAUUUACAUUUAUAGUAUACUUAACUCUAUACAUAUAUAUUGAAAUUACUACGGUACAUCCUUUUAAAAACCAAGUGAUUGCAGUACACACUAUUUGCGUGUAUUUGAACUGCAAAAAGACAAUAAUUAUUCUUAAGACAAAGCUUGUAAAAAGCAUGUAAGUAAUGUAAUUGCAAAUUCUCAUUAUAUUCAUGUACAAAGCUUGUACAAUUUGACAAUGCAAGAAUGUAUAAGAAAUAGUUACCUACUCUCAGGAUACAUUUUUUCCAAUGAAUUAUAUAUUAAUUUUUUUUUUAUUUUGACAUUGCAUGUAGACGAUAUCUCUAAAGUUUUUAUUUCUUUUUGUAAUCAUUUUGACAUAAUAUUAUGCACGAAAAUGCAUUUUUAUGUACGAGUGUUUAAUUUAUUGCAAUUGUCUAUUUUUUGAAUAUAAAUAUCUCGAGAUUUGUCUUUUCAAAAGAGAUGUAUACUCUAGUAUUAUUUAUACGAUAACAAUAGCUAAUUGAAUUUUUAUCUUUAUUUUUACAAGCUCAUAUGUAUAUUCAACACACAAAAACACACAUACAUGCGUAUCUAUCGAAAUAUACAAAUUCACAACAUUUUUAUUCUUUAAUUAUAAUUUGUAGUAGACAUGACUUAUUAUUGUCAGUGCCUGAUACACUUUUUGAGACUGUUCUCUAAAAAUUAUUAUAAUAAAAUUACAAGAAAAAAAAAAGAAUAAUACAAAAUCUUAAUGGCACACGAUUGGUUACAUAUUCAAUACAUACAGUCAAACACUAACAUAAAUAAACAUUGACAUUAUAAAUGAGAGCAAUGGGAUCUUAGAGAAUGAAUAAUUAAAAGCUUACAUUAUGCCUUAUAAACGACAAUAUUAUCUGCAUAAUACAAAUCUUGCUUACUUACAUGGAUACAUUAUACAAAUUCAAUGUAUACUGCUGUAUCUGAAGAGUAAUUUAAUUAACAAUUUGUAGUUAUAUGCGCACGCGCGCGUUUACACAUAUCGUACGUACAUGUGUAUUCGCACUCAUUAAUAAAUGCCGCGUAAACGUGUUCGAUAUUAUUACAAUAAUACUAUGACUGAGUUCGCAAAAAAAAAUUACACACGCACGCGCGAACAUACACAAAUCGCAAUUUAUAUACGAUCAUUUUUUUUAGCUGCAGUAGAAUAAGUAUAUUGAAAUUUUAUUAAAUUAAUUAUUCGAAUAAUAUAUUUAUUUAAUUUUUUUUUUCUUUUUAAUUUAUUUAUUUCUAUAUUUUUGUUGAAUUUUUUUUUUUAUAAAUAAUUUAUAAGACAAUUAAAAUUAUUCUUUAAGAAGUUAAAGAUGUUAUUAAAUUAAAGAUAUUAAGAUUAAUGGAAUUUAUUAAGUUCGUUAAUUUGUUGCUAAAGAGUGUAAUUAUUUAUUAUAUGUUAGUAAUUCCGAAUUUAAAAUAAUACGCAACUACUCAGGUUUUUCGCCUGAAAAGCUUUAUCAAUUAGUGAAUAAGGCUAUGUAUGCCUACAAUAAAAUGUAACAAAUUACAAAUAUAUGACAAUAAAAUUAAAUAUAGACGAUACAAUAAGGAAAGUGUAAUCUAAGCGUGUUGCGUUCCAUGAUGUAGUUGUGCGCGCCAUUUGUUAUUAUUAGGUACAAGACUGGGCACAUCAUAUAAUAAUUAUAUAGCGAAAGAAAUCAUGUAGAUAUUACUUUACAGUGUUAAAAUAUUCAUUAUUUAUUUCUUAUGUAUGUUAGACAAAGUUAAUUGAAAUUGAAAACAGAGAAAUAUAAAAAACUUUUAAACAUU